AGUUCAGUGUCGCCCCAGAGCUUGUGGCGGGAGGGUUGCCUGCUGUUGUAGAGUGGCGUGGUCCCCAACUGGUCUUUUACCGUACCCGCAGACUCCCGCUGUGGACAUACCGGAGAGCUGAACGCGGCCUAACCAUGAGUGCAGGGAGGGCGUCGUAGCGGUAGUUGUGAGUGCCAGACAGACAGAGGGAGUCGCGGGGAUAGUCGAGUGGAUAGCGUGGAUUGUUUCGAGGACUUGGGACCUGGUGGAGGUGGAGGUGGAGGCGCUGCUGGUGGUGCUGGAGGUGGCGGAGGUGGUUGUGGCCGCAUACGAACAUACCAAGACUUGCGAUAGUGAGGUGCUGACGCCCGCUGACCCUCGGCUUCCGUUUUGGCCAGGAGGCUGACCCAAAGUGACGUCAUGAUGGCACGCCGCCCACAGCUAUCGCCGUCUCCGCUUCCGCUGCUGCCCCUGCUACUGCUUCUCUCCAUGGCGGUGGGCUCGUUGGCGCAGUACCUGGAGGACUUCGGGUUAGAUCGGUCGUCGAACCCCGUGUCGAUCAGCCGGCUGGAAGUGAUGUGCGGCAAGGACCACCUCACCGUGCAGCUGGCCUUUACCGCGCCCUUCCAGGGCAUUGUGUUCUCCAAGGGGCAGUACGGGCAGCCAAACUGUAUGUACGUGGAGCCUUACACGGGCGGGUCGCAGUACGAGUUCCAGAUCCACUACGAUGGCUGCGGCACCAAGCCUGACAUGGGCGGGAAAUUCUACGAGAACACCAUUAUUGUGCAGUACGACGCUGACCUGAUCGAGGUGUGGGACGAGGCCAAACGACUUCGCUGUGAGUGGUACAACGACUACGAGAAGACAGCCAGCAAGCCGCCCAUGAAGAUUGCCGACCUGGAGGUGGUGGAGCUCAAUUUUCGAGGAGACAACGUGGACUGCUGGAUGGAGAUACAGGACGGCAAGGGCCCCUGGGCAUCCCCCGUGACUGGCAUUGUACCCCUGGGCUCUACCCUGACCAUGGUUGUGGCCAUCAACGACCAGGCAGGUGAGUUUGACAUGCGCGUCACGUCUUGCGAGGCGUCUGACGGCUCCAGCCGCCCCAUCUACCUGAGCGACCAGCACGGCUGCAUCCUGCGCCCCAAAAUGGUCUCCAACUUCAUGAAGCUGCGCAACAAUGAUGGGCGAGCCACUGUGCUCACCUACGCCCAUUUUCACGCCUUCAAGUUCCCAGAUUCCAUGGCGGUGCACUUGCGCUGCAAGGUAGAGAUCUGCCGUUACGGCUGCCCUGACCACUGCCAGAAACCAACAGCAGGAAACCCCAUUGGCGACUACAGUAGCCAGGCGCUGCCGCUGCAGGCUGGGAACACCUAUGGCUCCCCAUCAGAGGUUGAGCCUCAGUAUGCCGCCCCACCCGAAAAGACCCCUGGUGGCCCCAACCCCGGCGAUGAAGGGGAAGCGCCGCCCCCUCGCUCCCGCGCAGUACCAAGUGGAUUACCGCAAAGCCUUGAUGCAAUGGCCAUAAAGAACAAGUUCUCCAAAGGUCCGCUCAUCAUCCCCGACGAACGCUCUGCACAGAUCUAUCUUGACCACGUAUCAGGGCAGGACGGCGAGCGAAUUGAGAUGCCCAAGAAGGAGGAUUUCCCAUGGGGCCCCAGGAACCUCCGCCGCCGCCGAGAGGUUGUUCUCAACCGCCAUGCUCGUUCCUCCAACAUCGGCGUGUCCACUGAUUUCCAGGUGAUAUCUGAGGCCGACCUGGAGUUCACUCCGGCAAUGGACGACAGCGUGACGGUGUUUCAGGGCCUCCGCGAGGACGUGGUGUAUGGCGUGUGCCUUCCGGCACCGGGCUUCUCGGCGCUCUUCGUACUGGUGGCCAUGUGCACCGUGAUCUCCGUGCUGGUGGCCGGCUUCAUGUGUCACCACCGCCAGCUGCAGAAGGACACCACCGAGUCCCCCGCCACACCCCACGCCCAUCAGCAGGUGUUCAGCAUGGCCCAGUUCUUGCGGGGCCACUUGCCAGGACACGCACAGUGACGCCCCGCUACCCCUCCAAGGCCCCGCUAGGCCCCUUGCCUGGCACAGCGUCGAGGGGACCGUUACACACUGAUUAGGGAUCACAUCGUAUUGGAGACUCCGUGGCAUUAACAGACUGCACCAUAAUUUCCUACAGUGGCUCGUGGCCGCUGACUCCAGACACAGGCUAUCAAGCCAGAAGGAAGCAGUUCCAGUGCUGCCUGAAAUGCGCCUCUUCGUUUCUAUGGUUGUCGUAACAUGAAGCUUGUCACUCGAGGGUCGGCAGCAGUGCCACAACCCUUUCAGCUGUCCUGCGCCUAUGUCCUGCUCAAUGCAUCACGCAGCUCCGCUCCGCCCAUUAGGUUGGACCUCUCGAAGAAGCAAGGAAGCAUACAUAAUGGCAGUUUUCUUUUAAAGUCAGCCGAUCAGUUACCAUUGUUUUAGACUCAGCAGACUAUUAAGUUUUCGGAAGUCUUGAAAACUACACAUAUCAGAAUUAAGGCAUUUUGUGGAGGUACAGUCUGAAGCAUCCUGAGUUACACACUGCAGACCACCAACAUGAAACAUUACAGUCAUCAUGUACAACCUUGGUGGCUUCUUUAGGCAGCAAGAAUAAGACAUUAAGAACCCCCUCAAAGAAAUUUCCUACUGAGCCUUAAAUUUGCCCUUUUCGGUUUACAUGUAGCAUUUUUUUUUAUUUCCUAUUAGUUUUCUCGAGAGGUCAUAACUCUUUGGGGCGGAAAAUCAAAAGCCAUUGAUAUGAGGCUAAGACAUUUAUGGUGUGAGACGGAAAAUUCUGAAUGCGAGGUAUGGCAGGACAGGCUCCCAUGACACUUACAUGUGUUUGCAAUUCUUCACUCCCUUGAUCUAUUGGCUUAUAUCCCUCUCUGAUGUCGUAAAGGGAACACUCAGAUUUGCCACACGCACAGUGGAGUCAAUUUGAAUACCAACCUUCUUCCCCCUGUGGACACGCAUUGACUUCUUUCUUUUUGGGCACUGACACAUUACACUUCGAACACCUUCCAUUCUGUACUCCUCUUAGACAUCUCCUCAGUGGCGCCCUUUCGGACACCCUUUCAUUUCUCCGGUAAAGUCACGGCAUUUCGUUUUGGCGCCAGUGACUGAUUCGACCGAACUUCUUUAAUUUUCCUAAGUCUCUGAACGAACUUUUCUGGUGUGGCCUUAGUUCGUUGCCAAGUCAAGGGCUCCGCGGCGCCUCUUGUGUACCAGGGACCGGCCCAGCGAUAUCUGCAACAAUUGUUUUUAUAUCACAAAAUUUUUAGUUCGGAGCAUGUGUGUACGUGUAGGGAGGCGGAGGUGUAUGUGGCGGAGCGCUGAGGAGACAGCCCGCCAUUCCUUUUGAUCAUUGAUGGUCAUGGAUUCACUUGAUCAUGAUUUAAAGGCAUCACUCACAAGGAUCUUACUGAUUGUCGAGGCAAAUAAGUAUGUACAGGAAAAGGAUGGAAAAGAUUGAAAACGAAAAAAAGAUUGCAGCACAAACAGGGCACGUGAAUAUAUUUGCACCCAGGCAGACUAAACAAAGACGUCUUGCUCCUGAACCACUGAAAUCAAAACAAAAGAAGUGUUGCGUCACAAGACUUAGACGUGAAUACACUUAACUCCUUGGAUGCGGAUUUCCUACAAGAAGACAUCACCAAGCUACAGAAGUGGAACAAAAAUUGGCCGCUCCAAUUUAGUGAAGAAAAAUGUAGUCAUGCAUCUUGGGAGGGGAAAUCCAGCAUACCAAUGCCACAUGGGAAACACUCCACUAUCCACCACAGAGGCACAGAAGGACCUGGGGGCAUAUGUUACCAGGCUACCAGUGAAGGCGAAAUCCGUGCCAAUCGCAGCGGACGGGUUAAACAAAGACAGAGCUGACCAUAAAGGUGUGUUGUCUUCGCUGAACCCACGGAAUCCCCACACACACACUCCCCGAGCCCAUCCCCGCCCAGCACACGCCCGCCGCCACGAGGCUUGAGCGCUGGCCGGUCCCUGCCAUUAGGUUAGUUAGGUUCCAAGGAGACCUAAGGCUCAUUUUAGAGCCAUCCAGCUCAAUGUUGCACUUUGGUACUGAAUUCUCGCAAAACUCUCGCCUCUGUCGCCAUAAACUCCUCUCUGCGCCUUCCUUCCCACCCCUCGUUGCCAUGACAGCAUCACAAGUCAUUCACCUGGAGCGGCUCGGACGGAACAAUUUGUCACUCAUCUCGGACUAUGAAGCUUCGAACACAAAAUUUAUUGCUCCCUUCCGCGUAGGAUUUUGCGUUAUAUAUAUGAACUAAACGAAAUUUCAAAAUCAACAAUGUAGAGGCAUGAUGGAGGCUGUCCGUGGUGAUGCCCCGUGAUCCCUCCCGCCCCGCUAUGAUACCCUAGAUGUCUACUGGGCAGCACCUCUAACGAUGACUAGAUUCUUUGCCUCGUGGUUGGAGUAUAAACAAAGGUAAAUUUUGAUCAUCCUCCCCUGUGUACCCGCUCGUCCCAGCCGCUCACUGAUCAGCUUUCCUCCGCGUCACUCCACAAUAGUAAACAGUAGUCAUUCAUGCAUCUGCAACUCGUGGGUGUGGGUGUGGGUGUGUGUUUCAGCAGCAUAGUCUCAUUCGUUUACUCUCGUCCGUUCUUGGAGACAAUAAUUGAUUUCGUAAAAGGACAUAUCCGGUGAAAGACAAAAUUAUUACUUUGUUAUCAAAUUUCUGGAUUGAAUAAUAUCCUCUACUGUUUUCAUAUAGAUUUAUACGAGUUGCAUUUGUAUUUAUUUAUUUAUUGAAUUAUUUAUUAAUUUAUUUAUUAAGAGGAAAGUUUGCUCAUCACCACUUUUAAGCAUUAUAUCCACCACCUCCUUUUCCCUCCCCUUACCACUUGUUAUGUUCUUCACACGCAUUGAUGUACAGUAUCGGGGUAGCCCUGGGGCUGCCCGGGGCUCAGUUAGCUAUUACAAACUAUGGUCAUAUAAGUUAUUGGUGUGUUUGUGUAUGUGUGUGUGUGUGUGUGUGUGUGUGUCGUAGUAGUUUUGUAUUUGUCACUAUUUAUGUAAGUUUAAGUAGUAUUCAUUAACUACAACUAAUUAGUGUGUUUUGUUGAUUGUUGUUGUUAUGAGGCGCAUGCGCAGUCGACCUGAUGCUCCGUUGAGUCGUGUCGAGGCAGACAAAGAGAGUCGUUCAGCAGUCCUCCAACGCUUGCCUCAACACCGGGAUUUGUCGUUUGCCCCGCACCACCAGUAGCUGCUGAUUGUAGUAGUCACUUUCCAUAGAGUACCACUAAUUGCUCUUUGUAACCCAAUCUUAGUAGUGGUCUGUCAUGCAGCCCCAACAGACUUGUUUUUAACCCGUGUCUGAACGGUCAUUUUCGCAACACUAACAUCUUUGUCCGAACCAACCCCAAGCACUAGUUUUCCAUGCCCCGCUACUAUUGGAACUUUUAGUUGAUUGUUUGCCGCCGUGUUUCAUUUAAACAUUACAACUUUUCACUUCGAAUGUACAAGGAUACUGGUUUCUGUUUCACGUUUGUUAUAGUUUUCAGAUUAGAUAAAAAAAUAAAAAUAAACGGAUUUAUUGCUUGCUGCGCAUCACCAGUAUUCUUCAGUGCAGCAUUUAUUGUUUAGUCACUCAGUGUUCAGCAGCGGCUUGGGGGUCAAAGGGUAAGGGCCGGUUUUACAUUCCGAUACAGCAAGUUUGUAAUCUCCCCAACCAAACACAACGUCUUCAGUUCAGCAUUCAUUGUUUAGUCAGUCAGUGUUCAGCAGCGGCUUGGAGGUCAAAGGGUAAGGGCCGGUUUUACAUUCCGAUACAGCAAGUUUGUAAUCUCCCCAACCAACCAAACAAAACACGACGAAAAUUCCUUGUAGCUCUAGUGUUUGGCAUUGAUAUAAAAAGGAGGGAAACUACACAGGAAAUCUCUUUUAUUAGUAUCUGGUAUCGGGUAGAAAUAACGAUUCAUUGUGGAGAGUAUGGUUUGGGGGCUUACAGUGACCAAGCGUUGGACUGUCAGACUGGCCAAUAUAUUAAGACUCCCUUACACCGACACAACGCGCCUCAGGUCAGUGCGCAUGCGUCACCACGGAGGGCGAGAGCGCGCGACUACGGCGGGUGACGAAUGUGUGUUUACGUGCGUUCACAAGUGUGUUCAUCGUUAAGACACUCAAAUCAGGUGCGUGCAGGGUUCGAACCACAGCCAUGCGCAUCAGCUGUCGUCCGUUCGUCCAGCCUCGUCCUGCUGUAACGGGAAGGCGUGUGAAGCGAUGAUCGGCACUUUGAGCGUCUGUCCUUGUCCCCUCCCCCCCUCCCUUCCCCCUACCUCCCCCCCUUCCCUUCCCCCUCUCCCUUCCCCCUACCUCCCCCGUUCUCCUCGUUCAUCCUGCCGUUUUGGACUGCUUGAAAGAGUGUUUUAUGGAAGAACGGCACUUUGAACGUCUCCCACAGUGCCUAAAUGAUACCUCCCCAUCUCCCUUCCCCUUCAUUCUGUUUUGAAAGUGUGUUUGAGGGAAGAACGGCACUUUGAACGUCUCCCACAGUGCCUAAAUGAUACCUUCCCUUCGCCCUCCCCUUCCCCCCUCCCUCCCCGUUCAUUCUGUCUUGAGAGUGUGUUUGAGUGAGGAACGGCACUUAGAACGUCUCCCACAGUGCCUAAAUGAUACCUUCCCUUCCCCCCUCCCUUCCCCCCUCCCGUCCUCCUCGUUCGUUCUGUCUUGAGAGUGUGUUUGAGGGAAGAACGGCACUUUGAACGUCUCCUGCAGUGCCUUAGUGAUAGCCUCCUUCCCCAACCUCCUACCUUCCUGUCCCCCCCCUCCCCGGACACACUUGCACCCCCGCCAGUCGCCUUCCUCAUCCCUCCGUGCCGCGGCAUUGUCCCCCCCUCCCCCAACUCACCUCUCCUCCUGGUUCUGGUUUCCCCCCCCCCACCCACCCACCUCCUCCCCUUCCCAACCCUUCCCUCCUCCCCUCCCCAAGCCAGGACUAGACCUGUGUACUCUUACUCACCUUUUAUGAUUACUUAUUUAAUAAUUAAACUAAUGAAAAUACCCAGAGUGGAGUUGUUUGAUUUGACACCCGCAGCUUAAAAUAAAACCCCUCCGUCUUUGGCUUCGUUUUAUUUUCUUUUUAUUACUUCAUGUGUUUCCCGAGGUUUUGUUAAGCUAAAUGAUUUGUACACCAGUAUUUUUUUUUUUUUUUUAGUAUUUUCACCUUUGCUGGGUAAAUAGAAAAGGCGUUUAUUCACACAUUUUAGAGUUUAAUUGAAUAAAGUAAUUCGUAAAUAAAGCAACAAAAGCGAUGAUAGAUAGACAGACACAGACCAAAGAUGCAUAAAGAACGGAACAACAGCUUCUUACAACGUCUCGGCUUUUUAAUACUUACUGAUUUUUAUUUAUUUAUUGCUCGGUGGUUUAGCGAGGGCACGAGGUCAACAGAGGUCAACCCUUCCCUGACCCAGUGUGGCGCUGCAUGACCCACUUGUAUCGUUUUGUGUCUGUGUUCCUUCCGUUGAGUGUGUGCAUGUUUGUGUGUGUCCUGCGGCUUGCUUGCUCCUCAUCUUCUUGCUCUUUCUCCUAACGGCAUUAUUUUUUCAUCAUAGUUGCCAUUUACUUUUCAUAUUCGCUGUGAUUUUUUUUCUACUUGACACUACAUGUUCUCUUUUUUUCAUUAUAUCUGCCGUUUGUUUUCCAUAUUCGUGUUCUCUUCCUGUUCCUCAUUCGCAUUGUUUUUUUUUUUUCAUUAUAGUUGCCAUUUACUUUUCAUAUUCGCUGUGAUUUUUUUCUACUUGACACUACCUGUUCUCUUUUUCUAUCAUACCCGACAUUUGUUUUCCAUAUUCGUGUUCUCUUCCUGUUCCUCAUUCGCAUUGUGUUUUUUUUUUAUUAUAGUUGCCAUUUAUUUUUAUUUUUAUUCGCUGUGAUUUUUUUUCUACUUGACAUUACUCGUUCUCUUUUUUUCAUUAUAUCUGCCGUUUGUUUUUCAUAGUCGUGUUCUGCUGUUCCUCGUUCGCAUUUUCUUUUCCAUUUUACUCGCCAUUUGCUUCUAACAUUCGCGGUCUAUUCUUCUCGAUCUGUCUCAUAUUAU